GUGACUUGACCUGGGACAGAAGACUUAAACGACGGCGAGUUAUGGCCGCUAUUUUGAACACCGGUCGGAAUUGGAAUGAAUCAUUCCCGGAUAUCGGGUAAUGCUCUCUAUUCCCGAAUCACCAGCCCCACCCAAAAAACCCCAAUUUUCUUCUCGAAUCACACCUCCUUCAGCUUCUCAUUCAAACCGCUGCUGUUCCGUCGCAUCUUCUCUCUUCCUUCCUCGUGGUUCAACAAAGGGUCUUGAGGAUGUCACUGUUUUGCUGCUACCCACUCUAAAGUCAUCUUCUAAUCUCACCGUUGUCUGCAAUGUGGAGGUCAGCAGUGAUGGCUAGACUUGUCCGACUUUCUGGUCCUCUUGGAGCCAUUCGGGCUCAAACCGUUCUUUACAGCCUUAGCACCAUCGUGCAAGAUAGAACACCCAUCCAGAAAAUUGCAACUUCAUCAGGUAUGAAUCAAUAUUUAAGCGAACCCAUAUCCAAACGCCAAAUAGGGGAGAAUGUAUCAAGAAAAGAUAAGAUCAACUUUUUAGUCAAAAUCUUGAUGAAUCUCGACAAUAGUCAAGAAUCUGUAUACAAUGCUCUUGAUUCAUGGGUAGCCUGGGAACAAGACUUCCCAAUUGGACCAUUAAGGCGGGCAUUAAUUGAGCUCGAGAAAGAACACCAGUGGCAUAGAGUUAUUCAAGUUAUCAAAUGGAUGUUGAGCAAAGGUCAAGGGACGACAAUAGGAACUUAUGGGCAGUUGGUUCGGGCACUGGACAUGGAUCAUCGGGCAGAGGAAGCCCAUGAGGUUUGGGAGAAGAAAUUGGGUUCAGAUUUGCAUUCAGUUCCGUGGCAGCAGUGCCACCAGAUAAUAUCGGUGUAUUACCGAAACAAUAUGUUGGAACGGUUGGUUAAACUUUUCGAGGGUUUGGAAGCGUAUGAUCGUAAGCCGAGGGAUAAGAAGGUAGUGAAGAAAGUUGGUGAUGCAUAUGAGGUUUUGGGCAUGAUUGAAAAGAAAGAAAGAGUGUUGGAGAAAUACAAGAGUUUGUUUGAUGAGACUUCAUCAUCCUCCAAGAAAUCUACAAGAACUUCAAUAAAAAGGUAAUUCUGGCCAAAGACAAAAGCCAGGCUUUGGGGCUCCUUUCUAUAGGUUAUCAGUUCGAAUCUCCACUGAGGAUUUCCCCGACUAUUAUGUUUAGGGUUUUAUAAGAUUAGUUGAGGAGUACUCGAGGAUUUCCUCGACUGUUAUCUUUAGGGUUUUAUAAGAUUAGUUGAGGAGUACUCGAGCAAAACAAAGUUGGUUAUGGGAUACUAGGUUUAUUUGUUUUUUCUACUGUAAUUAAUUUACCAGAUGAAUAUGAUAAGGACCAAAAAUCUUACCCGGUAAGAGGGAUACAAGAACCGAGAGUCUUACCUAGUAAGUGAGAGCGACGACUCUUACCAUGGUAAGCGCUUACCGGGUAAAUUGUUGCAUACCAUGCCGUUUUGGUGGACUAAAAUUUUACCCGGUAAGUGGGUGGUAGUGUUAAAUUUUACCGAUAAGUGCUUACCGAGUAAAUGUUUGGUAAACGGCUCCUUAGUAGUAAGAUGAGGGUUGGGUUCCAGUAAGAAGUAGAAUCAAUGUGAAAAGCGUAAAAAAGGAUCUCUCCCUUAGAUGCACAUUAGGAUGAGAUGCACCGGAUUAAUAUUUGUAUCAAACGCGAUUCAUGGGUGAGCUUGAGGUUAAAGGUGAUGAAUGAUCCAGGUCCCUUCUUUUGAA